AUGUCGGGUUCUUCUUCGCCGGCGUUUGCUUCGUCUUCUUCGAGUUUCGCUCCACGGCCGUCUCCUUUCUUCACGGGCUCGUCAUCCCCCUCGAGCCUCAGCCUCUUCGGCCGUCGAUCUUCGCCUCCGUCUUCACCUUCGUCCUCGUCGUCGUCCUCCUCAUCUUCUUCAAUGAGAUUCCCAAUCGAUAGGCCGACUUCUCCGCGGCGGUCAAUGUCGGUGGCGAAUCAGACGAAUAAUGCCGUCUCGAGUAACAAGAGGAUGUGUAUGUGUGCCCCUACGACGCACCCUGGCUCAUUUCGGUGCUCCUACCACAAGCGUCUCGCCGAAAAGCAGAAGAAUCGAGCAGCGUCGCCUUCUAUUCAAUCGUCGAGUACGAGACUCAAUCUUCGGAGAUCGGCGAUGAAGAACUCUCUAGUGAGAAUCGGCGGUGUGGAGGGUGAACUGGUGAAUAGGACACUGACCACUCUGAUUAGACCUUCGUCGCACCAGCUACGACGACGAGAAGCCUUCCAACCAAAGAGGAGUCGACUCUGGAUGGUGUCCCACGCCGAAGACUAG